AUGGCCACAGAUGGAUCAUGCUACGACAACGGAAGCGCGAAUGCACGCGCGGGCGCCGGCGGCUAUGCUGGGGAAGAAAACGAAGACAACUUCUCACUCCGCCUCCCACCCGAGAUACCACAGUCGAACCAGACAGGCGAGCUGGUCGCCGUGUCAGAAGCGUGUCGACGGAUCGACGCAAAACACCCUUUGAAAAUCAUUAGUGACUCGAAAUAUACAAUCGCUGAAGCCACGAACCUGCGCCAACUACACGAAGAUAGAGGCUAUAUAGGCGUAGCAAACGCAACAGUAAUCCGCGCGAUGAUUGGCAAUCUGCGGUCGCGCAGGGAAGGAACGAGAUUCAAGUGGGUAAAAGGACACAAGGGCCACGCACUUAAUGAAGGGGCGGACAAACUCGCCGGGAUAGGUGCACAAAAGCACGACCCAGACGUCAUCAGCACCUCGGUAGAGGCCGAACUGCGAGUAAGCGGAGCGAAACUCACUCUAAUCACCCAGAAGCUAGCAUACAGAGGCAUCAGAGAAAUCAAAAUGGAAGGAUACACGCAGCGUAGACGUACCAGAGACAACAUCAUCCGGUCCGUGGACAACAUCGAAGUAUUCUUCCACGAAACUCCUUCGGAAGCACAGCUAUGGAAAGGCAUGAGGCACAAGGACAUCAGGAAAGAAGUAAGAUACUUCCUGUGGAUGUCCAUGCACGACGCAUACAUGGUCGGCACCAACUGGCUACGCCCGAGUUACUCGGAGGAGCUACAAAGGAGGCACGAAUGCUCAGUGUGCGGCCAACCCGAGUCGAUGGACCACAUACUAUCAGAAUGCGAAGCUCCAGGGCAGCGCGAAGUCUGGCAACUCGCGAAACAACUAUGGGACAAAAAAUGCGCGCUGUGGCCCCGCCCAUCGCUAGGAGCUGUCCUGAGCUGCCCGAUAGCGCCAUUCAAGACCGACAAGGGUAAGCCCAAAACGGGCGAGACGAGACUGUACCGGAUACUCAUGACAGAAUCCGCGUACCUCAUAUGGAAACUACGGAAUGAACGAGUGAUCGUGGAUGAGGACCACCCUCGAGGCUCGCCAGCAACGCCGACAGAAAUAGAGUCUAGGUGGCUCCAAGCCAUAAACGAGCGAUUGACACUAGACUGUAAAAUGACCGAUGAAAAAAAAUACGGUAAAAAAGCGAUCAAGAGACUCACCGUCGAACGGACGUGGGGAAGAACGCUCAAAGACGAAAGUCAACUACCCGGGGAUUGGUCCCGGAGUGGUACUGGGGUUUUAGUGGGUAUCGAGAGAGGUCAGCUCAGGGGGGAGGGCGCACCGGAGAUAAGAUGGAGCGAUGAUGGUGCGCCAGACUGA